CCCGCCGCCGCUCGCCCCGCCCCGGCCGCUGCCCGAAUCAGCGGGAGGAAGAUGGCGGCGCUCAUCCCCCUCACCCAGCAGUUUUCAACUGGCCACCCAUUAUAUGAAACUUACUACAAGCAGGUAGAUCCAACAUACACAGGGAGAAUUGGGGCAAGUGAAGCUGCACUAUUUCUUAAAAAAUCCGGGCUUUCUGAUAUUAUCCUUGGAAAAAUAUGGGAUUUGGCUGACCCAGAGGGUAAAGGAUACUUGGAUAAACAGGGUUUUUAUGUCGCGUUGCGUCUUGUGGCCUGUGCACAGAAUGGCCACGAUGUGAACCUGAGCAGUCUGAACCUGACUGUGCCACCUCCUAAAUUUCAGGACUCUAGCAGUCCUUUGCUGAUCACACCACCUUCAACAGAGACUCACUGGGCUGUUAGGGUGGAAGAAAAAGCAAAGUUUGAUGGUAUUUUUGAAAGCCUUUUGCCAGUAAAUGGUUUACUUUCAGGAGACAAAGUAAAACCAGUACUGAUGAAUUCAAAGCUACCUCUUGAUAUCCUAGGAAGGGUCUGGGAUCUCAGUGAUAUUGAUAAAGAUGGUCACCUGGACAAGGAUGAAUUUGCUGUGGCAAUGCAUUUGGUUUAUAGAGCUCUUGAGAAAGAGCCAGUUCCUUCACUAUUGCCCCCUUCUCUCAUACCACCUUCUAAAAGAAAGAAGACCCCUGUUUUUCCUGGUGCAGUUCCUGUUCUCCCUGCAAGUCCUCCACCAAAAGACAGCCUCCGUUCCACCCCCUCUCAUGGUAGUGUCAACAGCCUCAACAGCACAGGGAGUUUGUCUCCCAAGCACAGCAUCAAACAAGCACAGCCAGCUGUGAACUGGGUAGUACCAGUGUCAGAAAAAGUGAGAUAUGAUGAAAUUUUCUUAAAAACAGACACAGACAUGGAUGGUUUUGUGAGUGGCCAAGAAGUAAAAGACAUUUUUAUGCAUUCAGGUCUGUCUCAGAAUCUCCUAGCACAUAUAUGGGCUUUGGCAGAUACAAGACAGAUGGGAAAGCUCAGCAAAGACCAGUUUGCACUAGCAAUGUAUCUCAUUCAACAGAAGGUCAGUAAAGGGAUUGACCCUCCACAAGUGUUGUCCCCAGAUAUGAUCCCUCCCACAGAGAGGAACACUCCCAUCCAGACUCUCUCAGGUUACUUGACCCCUGUAGGAACUGAGAUCUCAGCACUGACAGAAAUGCGUCGUGACAGUUCAAGUUCUGUUGGCUCAGGAGAAUUUACAGGGGUGAAGGAACUGGAUGAUAUUAGCCAAGAAAUUGCACAGCUGCAGAGAGAAAAAUACUUGCUAGAGCAGGACAUUAGGGAAAAAGAAGAAUCAAUCAGGCAGAAAACCAAUGAAGUUCAGGAACUUCAGAAUGAUUUAGACAGGGAAGCAAGCAACCUGCAGGAGCUGGAGGCUCAAAAACAAGAUGCCCAAGACCGCCUGGAUGAAAUGGACCAGCAGAAAGCCAAACUCAAAGAUAUGCUGAGUGAUGUAAGGCAGAAAUGCCAGGAAGAAACCCAGGUGAUUUCCUCACUAAAAAUGCAGAUUCAGUCUCAGGAAUCAGAUUUAAAAUCCCAGGAAGAUGAUCUUAAUAGAGCAAAAGCAGAGCUGAAUCGUCUCCAGCAGGAAGAGACUCAGCUUGAGCAGAGCAUCCAGGCUGGAAAAGUACAGCUUGAAACAAUAAUCAAAUCUCUCAAAUCAACACAGGAAGAAAUUAACCAGGCAAGAAGCAAACUUUCUCAACUUCAAGACAGCCAUCAAGAAGUCAGUAAGAGUAUAGAAGAAUAUAAUGAAGCUCUCAAUGGGAUUCAUGGUGGCAGUCUGACAAAUUUAGCAGAUAUAAGUGAAGGCAUUGGGCACACAGAACAAAGCAAUUAUGGAGCUAUGGAUGAUCCAUUUAAGAAUAAAGCCUUGAUGUUUACCAAUAAUACACAAGAAUUGCAUACAGAUCCAUUCCAGUCAGAGGAUCCUUUCAAAUCUGAUCCAUUUAAGGGAGCAGACCCUUUCAAAGGCAGUGAUCCCUUCCAGCAUGAUCCUUUUGCAGAACAACCACCUGCUCCAGCAGAUCCAUUUGGAGGUGACCCAUUUAAGGAAAGUGACCCAUUUCGUAGCUCUGCCCCUGAAGAUUUCUUCAAGAAACCAGUGAAAAGUGACCCCUUUACCUCAGACCCAUUCACAAAACCACCUGCUUUACCCUCAAAGCCUGACCCUUUUGAAAGCAGUGACCCUUUUACAUCUUCUGGUGUCUCCUCAAAAGGUCCAGAUCCAUUUGGAACACUGGACCCAUUUGGAAGUGGUGCUUUCAGCAGUGGUGAGGGAUUUGCAGACUUCAGUCAGAUGUCAAAGUCAGUAGCUUCAGACCCCUUUGCCUCCUCUUUUGGAGGGGUGGGAUUCUCAGAUGACCCUUUCAAAAGCAAAUCAGACACACCAGCAUUACCACCGAAGAAAAAUGUCCCUCCACGACCCAAGCCACCCAGUGGUAAAAGUACUCCUGUAAGCCACCUUGGGUCUUCAGAUUUUCCCAAGCCCCAUGAUCCAUUCCAGCCAUUUGGGGCUGACAGCAGUGACCCGUUUCAAAGUAAAAAGGGGUUUGGGGACCCAUUUAGUGGAAAAGAUCCAUUUGCUCCCUCCUCUUCAAGUAAAACUUCUAAAGACUCUUCCUUGGGGUUUGCAGACUUCAGCUCUUUUGGAAAUGAAGAGCAGCAGCUGGCCUGGGCAAAGAGGGAGAGUGAAAAAACAGAGCAGGAACGACUGGCACGGCUGAGGAGACAAGAGCAAGAGGACCUGGAGCUGGCUAUUGCACUCAGUAAGGCUGAUAUGCCAAGCUCUUAAGGCUGAUAUGCCAAACUUUUAAGGCUGAAAUGCCAAACUUUUAAGGCUGAAAUGCCAAACUCUUAAGCAGAGGUUCUCUGGCUCCACCCCUGUCCAAGUGAAACCAUUAACUGUUGGCUUUUAUAAAAGUACUAAAUCCCUGGGUUAUGUUGUGAAAAUCAGCUCAGUCACCUUCCAGCUCCAAAGGAGCCUGGUGGGUUGCAUCAAACUGUGUGGCUUUCCAAGUGCACAAUAUGCAGGAAGCACUGCAAAGGCUGUGUUAUGUGUUCUAGGGAAAAUUUACUGCUUGUAAGACAUUCAAGGGAUGAUCUUAAGAUGCUGAAAGCAAAGUUUCUCUAUCUGGAAGGCAACGUUGCAGGUAGCAAACUGCAACUUGUGAAUUUGGCUUUUUAUUACCUGAAAAACCCUUUUUUUUUUUCUUUUUGAGGGUGCAGUAUGGAUUUCAAAGGAUGUCUUAAAAAGAUAAUAAUUUAUAGAAUUAGCUUUCACUUGUUCCAUUUCUUUCAUACUUCAUGGUAGGCUAAUCAGGACAUCAUCUCUAUCAGCUACCUUGAAGUCUUCAACAAGAGUUAAUUAUCAGAUGGUCACUUUUGAUCCAGGAAAUGGGGCUUUUUCAAAAGAAUAUGGUAUUUUGUAUGUGAGGAGUACAAACAUAGUGAGCUAUAUAAAAUACUGAUUUGAAGCCUCUAUGAAUGAUUAAUUCUUCUAAUUUAAGCAGUUGUUUGCAUUGAGUUUUAAUAAUUAUAUAUGAUGCUGUAAAAGAGGGAGGCAGUUCAAUUGUAGUAAACUGGACAAGUUAUUUGGCAAUUAAAUCACUAGGGCAGAAUCUUGCUUUAUCUCAUCAGCUGAUAUGAUUGCAGUGCAACUUUGAGAGCUGCUUUCUUGUUAAAUCAAGCAAUGGAAAACUUAGGAAGCUUGAGGAGUGUUCAUCCUUAAAAUUCCUUCUACCCUCUUCUGCUCCAUCCUCCAGAACACAACCCAUGGUAUGGGUGUUACCCAGCUGUGUCAGAGAGGCUUCACCUCAGUUCCUUGGAUUCCACCUCUCUUGUGGGGUUACAGAUAAAGCAUAAUUUAGCUGAAAUAAGGCCAAGCUGAACCAGAUUUUAUUUGCCAGACACACCUGCAUGUGUAAGUAAGUGCUGGCAGCACUGGUAGGCUGUACUGGCUUUAAAAUAAGGCUUGAGGUAGUAAAUUCCCAGUAGAAACAGAUUUGACCCUCUAGAACUCAGUACUCACCCCUGGUAAGGAUAGCACAGAAUGGGUUUUACAUGUCAUACAUAAAACAAGUCCUUCUGGUAAGUCUGUGAAUGAUUUCCUUACUAAAAAUGCCUUUUCUGAUUGCAGGAAUUCUAAAACUUCAUUUUUCUUUGCCUUGGACUUCUGUGUCUAAGUAAAGCAGGCAUCUAGCACACCAGGUUUAAAAUGUCCUUAAUCUGCUCCCCUGUCCUUGGUGGUGUAGAGAACAAAGCUUUGCAGUCUGUGGUUUUCCUGAUGCAGCCCUUUUAACAUUGUUGUUUGGAAAAUAUGCUAUUCCUUCCUCAUCUUUAAUGCAUUUAUGUUCUUUAUGUCCUUGCUUCCUUACCUUACUUCAGUUUUUCAUACACAAAGACAGUGCCUGCUGACUGACUGCAAGGAGUAUUUCCUCAUGUUGUAAUUGCCUUAUUCUGGAUGCUUUCCAUACUCAAGGAUAAGAAUCAGGUUGGAUCAUUUUCAUCUUCCUCGUGGUUUGCAGCUCUGAGAUGCAGCUGAGAUGUGGGAUUUGUUGUGAGUAGGUUUCUGGGCACAGGUCUGUCCAUUUCUGUACCCAAAACCUGACAGCCCAUACCUCAAAAUGCAGCUUGAAGAGCUCUUCCCUCUUUGCUCACUCUCCUGUGCUGAUGGUACUACAAAUAAUGUGAAGCUUUAAUUCUUAAUUAAUUCUUAAUUCUCCUUGAAAUUCUUUAAUUCUCCUUGAAGGUGGAAAAGAUGCAUUCUAAUAUCAAGACAAACCACAUAAUGAUCUUUGAUAGCAUCUUUAAUGACCUCCUGUGAAUGCAGCAGAAGAUAUUUCUCAUUUUACAGAACCUGAUCCGAAAUCCCUCCCUGUUGUAAUUUGUCUCUAAAAUGUGUGAGGUGAAAUGAUCAAACAUAGUAAAGUGUCAACAAAUUCUCUUUUCUGUUGGUGUACAGGACUUGAAGUCUCUUGAGAGCAAACUUGGGUCUGUCUGUAACUAACAGGAGAUUAAAAUUUUGCUUUGAAAGAGCAAUUCUCCAAAUUGAAUGGCUGCAGGAAAUCUCAGUGAAGUUAAAUUGUGUCUCUGCAGAAGAUUCUCCUUUUCAUUUUCAUUUGGGCUUGGGUCUGUGUUGUCUCUUCUGCUACAAUAAAACCCCAUUCAUCUGCAGCCCCAUUUUAGAAAGGAAAACUUCUUCUGGAUUGGGACUUGGAUGAUGUCACUCCAGUGGGAAGGGGUGGAUGAGCUAAAUAGCUUGAUUCAUUUUAUGAGUUAUGUACCAUAAAAAGACUUUCUGCUACUUUGACAGUGCUCUGAAAUACUGUAAUUUAUCAUGCUUCUGAGGCAGUGAGUUGGUGUUUUCAAGAUGUCCAGCAGGAAGCCAGAGAUGUGGAUGAAUGCAGCAUUCCAUGUAGUGUUAGAAUGAAUUGCCCAUUUUCCUAUUUCCUUAUUGACUCAUUCUUUGUGUUUGUUUGGACAGUAACAGGAGAGCAAGCAAAUGAGCAAGGACAGACCAUGUUCUCUGUGCACAGUGUAGUGAGGAACUUGGAGAUGUAGUAACCUGAGCUUUACUAAAACACUACUGAUUCAGAAUUUGAGACACUGCAGAAGAAAACUUAGCUGUGGUUUCUCCCCAUUGCAUUGAAUAGUUUCCCAUAUAAGAAGGAUUAUCCAUCUUCUUCUGCUUGUAACUCAGUGUUCUGUAGAAUACCUGCACUUGUUCUUCUUAGACAGAAACUUUUCUGGCAAGACCUUGAUCUUCUUCCUCCAGAACAGUGAAAUUUAAAGCACAAAUAGUCCUGUCACUAUUUGGGCAGAGGAAAUAUGUACAAUGCAAGAUAUAUAAAAUGUGAGUAUACACAAUGCAUAUACAGUGUACAUUAUGAGAUCCAUAUUAUUUGUGUCUAUGUGUAUAUAUAUAUAUAGAGUAUUGUAUAAUGUAAUAAUAGUGUGUGUAUAUACUAUAUAUGUCCACAUACUAUGUCUAGUAUAUAGUUACUUGUGCUGUACAUAAAGUGUGUAUAUACAAUGAAUAUGUAGAAUAUGCAUAUAUAUUCUAUAUAUUAAUGCUUGUGUGUAUGUAUGUAUUCUCUGAACAGAGAUGGAUACAGAAAUGGAAUUUUUACAGAAAUGCAGCUCAGAUCAUGGCUCUUAGAAUUUCAAAGUUCUGGUGAAAGAAAAAAAAACAAAAA